AUGCCCUCCAAACUCGAGACCGCCGUCACCAACGCCCUCAACCAGGCCCAGACCGCCAGCGGCAAGAGCAAGGACGACGUCAUGAAGAUGGCCAACUCGAUCGCCGGAAAGUACCUCAAGAAGAACGGCAUCGAGACCACCACCAUCCACCGCUGCGAGGUCUCCGGCUACAGCCGUUCCUACGAGAACCGCAGCAGUCUGCUCCGCCACUACAAGAAGGACCACCCCGGUCAGAGCCCUGAGGACGAGGCGUAA